CCACCAUGUAUGUGGUUGCUGGGAAUUGAACUCAGGACCUCUAGGAAGAGCAGCUAGUGCUCUUAACUGAGGAGUCAUCUUUUCAGCCCCCAGAAGACUUAGAAUAAAGACAUCCUCUGUAAUUUGUAAUUUGAUUGUCUUAUAUUACAACGAACGAACAAAUAACAUGAAUAGGAAACUAAAUUGAAAUAUCCUGUUGUUUAGAGAAAAGAGCCAUCACAAAUGUGACCUUCCCUCUAGUUAGGAAGCCACGUGUGCGGAGUUACCGUCAUUAAAUGUGCUUUCUUUUUGCCCAGCUGUCUCUAGAAAGUAAAAGAAAUUGGAAGCUCAGCAUACCGGAGCAUGUCAUUUUUUGGGGGGGAGGGGGGACGACAGUAUUUGGAGACAGUUUCUCUGUGUAGUGCUGGCUGUCCUGGAACUUGUUCUGUAGACCAGAAUUCAGAGAUCCUCCUGCCUCUGCCUCCACAGUACUGGGACCAAAGGCAUGCACCAUUGCUGCCUGGCAACUGAAGCAUAUCUUAACUCCUGCCUGGGCAGGUUAUUUAGUAAGACCCAUCUUAAAACCAAAAGCAACAGGAAAAAAAUUGCUUUUUAAAGUAUUUGGAAACUUGGUACCCAGGGGAGGUUACUCAGAGCUAAGGUACAGGGACUGUGAGACUUUGAUUUUUUGGAGACAGCCCUGGUUGUCCUGGAAUUUGUUUUGUAGACUAGGGUGACCUUGAACUCAACUCAGGGAUCAGCCUGUCUCUGCCUCCUGAGUGUUGAGAUUGAAGGCAUUUGCCACCACAGCCCUGCCACAUGUGAGAUUAGAUUGGCCUUGAAGUCAGGUAACACUCUGUCCCAAUGUUGGGUCUACUGUCAUCAUCUCCCUGUGGUCAUACUUAGGAUGUCUGAGCUUCCCAACACACAUCUUAAAAACAGAAACCAGGUUCUCCCCCACCCCAGGUGCAGCCAGUGAGGCCUUGAGCAGAGGUGGGGCUUCUGGGAGGGGGAAGCAAGGUUUGGGAUCCAAUUGGAAGGACUUGAGUGGGAAGGGGCCAGUGAACAGCCCUUGAAAUAGAGCUCUGAGGUCAGUCUUUGAGUUCACUGAUCUUGAGUUUGCAUAGGCUUCCUGCGGUGAAACGGGUACACUAUGGCCUCUCUGAAGAGGUUUCAGACGCUCGUGCCCCUGGAUCACAAACAAGGUACCUUAUUUGAAAUUAUUGGAGAGCCCAAGUUGCCCAAGUGGUUCCAUGUCGAAUGCCUGGAAGAUCCAAAAAGACUGUACGUGGAACCUCGGCUACUGGAAAUCAUGUUUGGUAAGGAUGGAGAGCACAUCCCACAUCUUGAAUCUAUGUUGCACACCCUGAUACAUGUGAACGUGUGGGGCCCUGAAAGGCGAGCUGAGAUUUGGAUAUUCGGACCGCCGCCUUUCCGAAGGGACGUUGACCGGAUGCUCACUGAUCUGGCUCACUAUUGCCGCAUGAAACUGAUGGAAAUAGAGGCUCUGGAGGCUGGAGUUGAGCGUCGUCGUAUGGCGGCCCAUAAGGCUGCCACCCAGCCUGCUCCCGUGAAGGUCCGCGAGGCUGCCCCUCGGCCCGCUUCCGUGAAGGUCCCUGAGACGGCCACCCAGCCUGCUCCCGUGAAGGUCCGCGAGGCUGCCCCUCAGCCCGCUCCGGUGCAGGAGGUCCGCGAGGCUGCCCCUCAGCAGGCUUCCGUGCAGGAGGAGGUCCGCGAGGCUGCCACCGAGCAGGCUCCCGUGCAGGAGGUCCGCGAGGCUGCCACCGAGCAGGCUCCCGUGCAGGAGGUCAGCGAGGCUGCCACCGAGCAGGCUCCCGUGCAGGAGGUCAACGAGGCUGCCACCGAGCAGGCUUCCGUGCAGGCGGUCCGCGAGGCUGCCACCCGGCCGGCUCCCGGGAAGGUCCGCAAGGCGGCCACCCAGCCGGCUCCGGUGCAGGUUUGCCAGGAGGCCACCCAGUUGGCUCCCGUGAAGGUCCGCGAGGCGGCCACCCAGCCGGCUUCCGGGAAGGUCCGCGAGGCGGCCACCCAGUUGGCUCCUGUGAAGGUCCGCAAGGCAGCCACCCAGUUGGCUCCUGUGAAGGUCCACGAGGCGGCCACCCAGCCGGCUCCGGGGAAGGUCAGCGAUGCUGCCACGCAGUCGGCUUCGGUGCAGGUGUGUAUUUGAAUGGAGGGACGGGGACAGAGCUCUCCUCCAGCUGCCAAGUGCUGUUGGGCACCCUCACCCCGAGGAGGGUGGAAUGUCUUGGAUAGUUGCUCCUCAUCCCCGCACCCCAGCAUCAGAUGCUUCCACUGUGCUGAUUAACCCAGGACAUCUGGUGUUUCGAUUAAGAUGUCUUGAAGGGCCAUUGAGUCUCCUGACUGUAUCUUGAGCAGACUGGUGUGAAACCUUGUUAUUUGAUAACUGGCUUUGAAAGGUAUAGUUGUGGGGCUCACAGAAACUAGGCCACCAGCCGGGGAGUAUAUGCAGGGGUUGUACCUAGGCCCCUACACAUUUGUAGUAAAUGUGCAACCUGGUCUUCAUGUUGGUUGCCUAACAAAUGUGAAUGUGGCUGGCUUGGUCUCUGUUCCCUGCCAUUGGAUACCCUUUACCCUACCUGGACUGCCUAGGUGGACCUCAAUGGGAAAAGAGGUACCCAGUCCUGCUGGGACUAGAUGUCCCAAGGUCUGGUGGUACCCAAGGGUGGGGGCUCCCCUUCUCUUAGAAAGGGGAGGGGGGCAAUGGAGGGAAUGAUUUGUAAGGGUGGGAUUGGAAAGAGAGGAGUCUAUGAUUUGCAGGUCAAGUGAAUUAAAUUGAAACAUAGUGAAUUGUAUCCAAUUACCACCAGCUACUUCAGACUUUGGCUAGUGUUUUUUUUUUGGAAGGAGGGUGAUUUACUGUAGGAGGGCUGGGACUCACUGCAAAGCUAUCAGCCUCAGAACUUACACAUGGCAUGUCUCAUGAGGUAGAGGCAGCUGAGUGCUACCUUUGAGCAGUUUGAAACAUUCAGGUGGUAGGGCUAGCUAGCAGCUGGUAGUGAUGCCAGGAGGCAGGGUUUGGUGCUGCAGGCCUUGAUCCCCAGCCCUUGGGAAUCUGGGCCAGGAAGACCUCGAAGUUCAGGGUCCAGCUGAUAUAAUAGCAAGUUCAGGCCAGCUGGGACUGCACAAUGAGCCCUGUCUCAAAUUCUAGAAGAUAAUCAUUGAGAAGGGAAGGGAGAGUAAAGCUUGGGGUUGGCCCAGGGGAAGCAGAGCUUCCAUAUUCUGGAUGACAAAGCUGGAUAUAGAAACGAUUUUGAGGGUGGGAUAUCAAGUCUAAGGAACCUUUACUUGGGCAUGUUCUGUUCUUUGGUGGCAGGGUCUCACUGUCUAGCCCUAGCUGGCUUAUUACUCACUAUAUAGUUACUGCUGGCUUAGAACUCGGAUCUGCCUGCAUCUGCCUCCCUAGUGCUGGGAUUAAAGGCAUGCGGCACCACCUCCCUGCUGACCCACAAUUAUCUCAUAAAAUGAUGGGAAUAUAGGAGUGUAUCACUGUAUCUAUGUUAAUCCUGCCAUUUGCCAGAAAAACUGAUAACCCUGUGAUUCACCAGAAAAACCAACUCCACCAUUCUGGGCCAAAUUUAAAGCAAGUAUUAAAUAUUCAAUACUGACUAAAAAGAAAUGGACUUUGUUCUGGAACUUUCCCCAGGAAUUUCCCAGUUGCAAUGGCCUUUAGCCAAGUAUUGCAGGGACUUGUAAGGACAGAUUUAUAGGCCAUCUUACAUUCCCAUGAGGCUUAUCUCCCAAGAAUUACUGAGACAUCCCAGCAUUCCAGGAAAUUAACCUGUUCCUGGGCAGGUGGGGCUUACAGGUUAAUUUUGGGCACCACACUGGUCAAUUUCUAAAGAUUUAAUCAUAACCACUAUAUCCUUUACCUUGUGUAUAUGGUAUAAGUGGGUUUCAUGGUGACAUUGCUCCUAACAUGGGCUUUGAUUUGAUUACAUUUGCCAGUUAUUACCUUUGCCUCUGCUUUUAGCUUAUUUCUUUGAAUUUAUAUUCCCUGUAAUGAGAAAGAACAUGUUAGGCCUGUCUAAGACAGCUUGUUUUUCUUAUGAUGCACUCCAUCUGUUUCCUGUAAAUGCCUCCCUCUUAGAAUUCUUGUCCCUCCCACCCCCCAGCUUCCCAAGUGGUGGGACUAUAGGCUUUUGUGUGUUGGGAGGAUAGGAAGUAGGGGUUGUGAUGGUCUCCUGUAGCCCAGGCUAUCUAGUUUCCUACAUAGUGGAAGAUGACUUUGAACUUCGGGUUUUCUUGCCUCUGUCUCCUAAUGCUGGAGUUUCAGUACACUGCCACAUUAGCUUUCAGAUUUCCUGUUUUACAAGAAAGUCAG